AUGAAAAUUCAGGGUAACUGGAAAACAGAGAGGCGUCUUAUGAGUAAAACAUUUGAAAUGUCUUUUUUUCCGUAUGCAAUCAAAAAAUGGAACGAAUUAAACGAUGAGUUGCGAGCAUUUGGUAGUCUGGUUAUGGCUGCUAUCAUUUUAGUUUUGGCUUAUUUUUUACGAUCCAAUGAUGGUGAAGAUUCAUCGAUUCCAUAUGCCACAUAUGGAAGCUAUCCUGUUAUUGGUCAUCUGCUUUCUUUCCUACGUUGUCGAACGAAGCUCUUGUUAGAAUGUGGUCAACAAUACGGUCAAUGCUUCAGAAUAAAAGUGCUUAAACAACGAUUUACAAUGAUAUUAUCCUAUGCCGAUUGGAUGACCAUUAUACGAAAUCAAUCACUGAAAUUUGACGGAAUUGAUUUCGGUAUAAAAAUAUUCGGUAUAUCCCCUGCCCUUCUUAAGUUUGAUGCAGACGGCCACCGUUUGUAUGUUCAACAUUUGAAAAAUCGCGAUGGCCUUCGCCCGAUGGUUGUUGAAUUUGUUCGUCGGACGCGCAAGUUAAUGAAAAAUGAAAAAGUAGCACUUGAAAAGAAUGGUACUGUGUUAAAUUGGAUAUCAAGUGGUCUGUUAGAAUUCAGUCAUCAUAUGCUUUAUCAACCUUCAACUCUUGCACUGAUUGGAGAAAUCGAUCCAUCUUCGCUUGAAAACGAUUUUCGUGUGUUCGACAAGAGUUUUCAUUAUUUUAUCAUACCCUUUCCUCGCUGGGUCUAUUCAUGGUUCCUGCCACGCGAGUUGAAAGCACGUUCUCGCUUAAAUGCCUCGUGGCUCAAAAAUCGAGAUCCACCACAUGCAUCAGAAUUUCAUCGGGAUCGAUUAGCGCAUUUAUCCAACAAUUCGCAUUGGCUUUCGAAUGAAGAUUAUGGUGGUCUUCUAACGGGUUUCUUUUGGGCAUCAUUAGGUAACACUAUUCCGGGCGUUUUUUGGUCACUGUUCUAUAUUUUACGAGAUGCGAAAGCUCUUGAGACUAUCAAAGAAGAAAUUAACACACAUCUGCCAGAUGUUCCAUUGAAUGCCGAUGAUAAUGAUUCUCUUGCGGAAGACUGGACACCAGAGCAGUUAGAUUUAUGCGCUUAUUUGGAAAGCGCAAUAAACGAAACUCUUCGACUAGUCGGCGCACCUUUUAUGACGAGAAAAUGUUUUCGAGAAACUCAGAUUGUCUUACAGGAUGGACGCACCUUAAAUAUCAAGCCGGAUGAAACUGUCGCUUGGUUUGGUGGUGCAAGCCACUUUGAUCCAAAUAUGUUUCCAGAACCAACCACAUUUGUCUUCGAUCGGUUUCUGAAUAAGAAAGCUGAGACUGUUCCGGGUUUCAUGCCAUUUGGAGGUGGUAAGAGUAUUUGUCCCGGACGAUUCUUUGCAAAAUAUGAAAUCAAAACAUGUGUAGCCAUGCUCUUGCGAUAUAUGGAAUACAAACUUGAAGUCAUAGAAACAAUUCCAACCCAAGUGUUGCCUCGUAUAGGUGUUGGUAUUGCACCACCCAGUAGAGAUAUACCAAUUAUGUACCGAUAUAAAAUAUAA